AAGUUGGCAAUUGUGACACAAAAAUGUAUAAUAUUGGUAUUCAUUGUUCAAUUUCUUUUGAAUAUUUAUUAUCGUUUUGUUGUACUUUUUUAAUUGUAUAGUGUUAGUUGUUUAUAAGUUUUUAAAAUGCCUUUCAAUAAUGUUGUAUAUCAUACUGGGAAUCUACAAUGAAUUUGUUUCCCGAGAACGUUUCAAUCUGACUAUAAACAAUAAUAAAUUGGACAAAAUUUAUAAAGAUGUAACAUUUAAUUUGCCCAUUUUUGUAUGUGAUAUAUAAUAUUUUCUAAAAUUCAAUUUUUAUUUUCACGUUGUUAGUAAAUAAUACCUUGAGCAAAUAAUAAAGUGUUUUGACUUUGAAAUCUGCGUGAACCGACUAUAUGUAGUUUAAAUUCAGUGUUAUGUAGGUCAAAUCUGACAACGGGAAUGACAGUGACAGUAGAGAUAAAGAAAAAAAUAAACAGACCCUUGAACAAUAAUUUUAUUAAUUUCUGAUAAAAUUCGGAAUGAAUCCCGUUUACAACUUUAUUCAAAUAAAUAGAGUGUUGGCGAUCAUUGAAAAGGCUCAACAAUCCGGUGCUCGAAGUUUAGGACUAGAUGAUUAUGAUUUAACAACUUUUCCAGAUGUGUUAUUAACGUGCCAAGGUCUUUAUUCUCUUAGCAUAGGUCGUAAUAGAAUUGUCGAAAUUCCUAACGAAAUAUCGCAAUUGAAAAAUCUCCAACAUUUAUCAUUAGCAUAUAAUAAUUUAGAUAGAUUUCCAGAAGCACUGAAAAACAUUCCACAAUUGUCAAGUUUGAAUAUUAGUCAUAAUCCUAUUAAAGAUCUUACUAAAGAUAUUGGAUGUUUGAUAUCACUAGAAAUGCUCUGGUGCAAUUCAUGCUGUUUGACUAGGAUCCCAGAUGAAAUAGGGAAUUUAACGAAACUUCAGACUUUUGGUGCUAGACAUAAUAAAAUUGCUAAACUACCUAAUACUAUUUGUGACCUAAUUUAUUUAAGGUGGUUGACAUUAGAAGACAAUAAAAUAUAUACUGUGCCCAAAGAUUUUGACAAGUUGCAGCUACUAAAACAUGUGAAUUUUAACAAAAACAAUUUUAGCCAUAUUCCCUAUAGGAUUUCGAAGAUUAAAACAUUGAGAUUCCUUUAUUUACAAAAUAAUGAAUUUUUCUCUUUACCUGAAAGGACGAUAUUUGCAAUGCCACAUACAAAAAUAAAUUUACAAAAUAAUCCAAUUCAAACGAAUGACUAUAAGAUGUUUCCAAAUGUAAUAAUAACAGGAGCUGAAGAUGAAAUUCUAGAUAUGCUCGGAUAUGACUCUGACUCCAGUUCUGACGAUUGGGAUAAUAGUUUGGAAAGUGCAGAUCUAAAUUUGGAGGGUUCUGAUUCAGAAAGUGAUAAUGAAAAUAGAGAAGUGAUAUCUAAUAUACCUGUACUUUCAAAAUUUUUGGUAACAUGUUAGUUUUUAAUUAAAUUCAAAAAAUUAUAUUGAUUCGAAUUAAUGUAUUAUUGGAAAUUAUAAAAGCAUGUAUAUUUCAUAUAUAUUUUCUUAAGCCUUAUUGAAUAUUUUGAAAUGAUGUAGAAAGUUGAGUUUGUACACUAGUGAGAAAUGAAAUCCUGCUUCUUAAUUGGAGCUUAUUAACUAGUGACAAAUGUACUUUCCACGCCAAUUCAUGGGGUGAAAUAUCAAGUACUUUGUGUAAUUGGAAAAAUAUGGUUUACAAAACUGAAUAUUUUGUACUUGUGUGACCAAAAUAUGAAAAUAAAAUAGAUAUUUGAUUAUAACAAGAAGCCAAAAAUUAAUUGUUAAGACAAAAUGUUAAACGAAACUUCAAUUUCUAUUUUCAAUAUUUUGCCAAGUAAUAUUUCGAAUAUAAUCACCGAUCAUUAUUUGUACUAUUGAUAUUUUCUAUUUUGUGCAAAUUUUAAUAAAUCCGUUAAAUUCAAAUGAGUAGUACUUUUUUUUCAAAAAAUGCCGAAUUUCAAAUUGUGCUCCCUCACAAAAUAUGCAUCAAGAAAUCAGAAUUUUGUAGUUAAACCAUAUACAAGAAAUUAUUAAACAGAGAUACUUUUUGGUCACUGUCAAAUUGAUUCAUUAGACCUAAUAACUUGAUCAAACUAUGGAUGGUAUUGUUGGUAGCUAUGUAGUAAUGCUGGAAUUUCGCUUAGAGUGUCAAAUGAGAUCAUGUGAUUCAAUUUUGACUGGCGUGUCAUUUUAAAUCAAUGCAGCGUCGAAACUAAGCAUCAUUUAGUUUUUAAGACCUAUGCGUUGAAUACAGCUGCGUUUUCUUCUUGCCCUCACGCACCAGAUGAAUGUUUAGGCUCCAUGAGUUUCAAAAUUGUGCUUUGAAUACAAACGUUAUGUGGGUAUUUAUUUCAAUUCUACCAAUAAUAUUCAAAUUUCCCGCUGAACUCAAAAUUUCAAAUACACCGCAUUUGAUUAUUUCCGAUGCAGACCUGUAGAGUGAAUAAAACAUAGAGAUAUUCCGGUAAUAUCUCUAUGGAAUAAAAUCAGUCUGAUUUUAUUGUAUUGUCAUGGAGCGUCUAGAUCUAAGAGGUCUGUGGUGCAUAAAGCUCUAAACCCAUGAGCGUUGAGCACAGAAUACAAACUGUAGAAUUGACGUUUAUUUCAAUUUAUUUAGAUUUACAUUUGUGUUUGCUUAAAACAAAAUUUUCAUAUUAUAUUUAAAAACACAUUAGAAAUAUGCAUUAUUCCUUAAUGAAAUAUGCUAUAAAAGAGCGUAAGAAGGUAUAUAGAGUAUGGUUUCAAAGAAGUGCUUCCAUAAUACCAAUAACUAAAUAAUUUGUGAUAUGUUUUCAACUUUGACACUUGAAACAAAAGUUUGUUCCAAUUGAUUCUUGCUUUGAGAAAUACAGAAUUUUCAGUGAAUUUCAUAUUCAAAAUUAACUGUCUUAAAAUUCGAAUAAAAGAGAUAUUGUUUUACAGUUUUGACCAAUCUCUCAACCAUAACACCAAUAAAGGGCUGAACACCAUAGAUUUUGAUAGUUCUCUGCUAUUAGAUUGUGGAUUGUUAUCUAAAAACUCCAUUUAAUAGUGUUAAACGAAUUACUUUUAUGAUUGAAAUUGAUUAGAAAAUUACUUAAGUUUUUUUAUUUAGAUUCAUAAAUUCACUUUAUAUAAUUCUUUCACAAUAACCUUUAGUUUUUGAAUAAAAAAAUAACAGAAUUUUAAAAAAUCAUCAUUACUCUUAUUAAUGGCGAGAAAAGAAUUAUUAACGAGAUUAGAAAUGACUAAUAUAUCUAAAAAAGGUGACAAUAUUACCAAUAUAACCACAAAAAUCCCGUUGGGUUUGCGAAACUUCCUCUUUAUAGAUAUAAAUGAAUCUUCUAAAACAUUUUUACCUAGUUUAGCAAUAGACAAACACUUCGAAAUAAAAUUAUGAAUAUUAAAUUUAUAUUACUUUUAUUUUCAAUUGGGUUAUCCUGUUCAGUAGGAAAUGAAUUAAUGGAAGCAUUUUACAAACAUGCCAAAAGAGUUUCAGUUCAAAUGUAUCCAUGUGAAGUACCCAAACCAAAAGUGAUUUACCUUCAAGAUAUUCUAAACAGUGAGCAAUGGGCAAAAUAUAUGAUAUAUAUACGUCAUAUAAGACCCGUCCAGACAGUGGUUCAUAGAUGUGAAGGUAAUGGAUGUUGUCCAAAAUAUAAUCAGAGAUGUGUAGUAGAACGUGAAGAACCUAUACGAGUGAUGUUUUACAUCAGUUUCGUAAAAAUAUUCAUGGAAUUAGAAUUAAUGAAUCACACACGAUGCAGUUGUAAAUUAAUGUAAAAUUUUGGGAAAAAUAAAAAUUAUUCACUGUUACGUCUCAA